AUGGCGUGCAGGAGAGGCUGCUGCUGCGGUGUGGUGAACGAGGAUAACGCGCGGUUUCUGAUGCUGGCGGUGCUGAUCGUGCUGUAUCUGCUCUGCGGUGCUGCUGUGUUCUCUGCGUUGGAGCAGCCGAAGGAGCUACAGGCAAACGAGCAGUGGGCGCAGCGCUUCGAGAGAUUCACCCAGAAGCACAACCUUAACCGGACCGACUUGGAGACAUUUCUCCGGUUCUAUGAGGAGGCGAACAUCGCCGGUAUCCGCGUGGAUACACUGAGACCGCGCUGGGAUUUUACCGGCGCCUUUUACUUUGUUGGGACCGUGGUGUCGACCAUAGGAUUUGGCAUGGCCACCCCGACCACGGUCAGUGGCAAAGUCUUCCUCAUCUUCUAUGGCCUGAUUGGCUGCGCCUCCACCAUCCUAUUCUUCAACCUCUUCCUGGAGCGCAUCAUCACCGUGCUCGCCUUCGUGCUCAAGUCAUGCCACGAUCUGCAGCGCCGGCGCCAGGACGUCAUGCCCCACGAUGGCCUCAGGGGGGCGCCACCGCCAGGACCCAGAGAUAGAGACAGGGACAGUCUGGCUGGAUGGAAGCCUUCUGUGUACUACGUGAUGCUGAUUCUUUGUGUAGCUGCUGUGGUGAUAUCCUGCUGUGCCUCGGCCAUGUAUUCAGCGGUGGAGGGGUGGGGCUAUCUGGACUCGCUGUACUUCUGUUUUGUGGCGUUCAGCACCAUCGGGUUCGGGGACAUGGUAAGCAGCCAGAGGGUUACGUACGACGGGAACCAGACAGCCUACAGACUGGGGAACUUCCUGUUUAUAUUGAUGGGUGUCUGCUGUAUCUACUCGCUGUUCAACGUCAUAUCCAUUGUCAUCAAGCAGACUCUCAACUGGCUGCUGAGAAAGCUGGACAUCUUCUGCUACCGAGGUUGCUGCCACUGCUGCCCUGCCGGGAUCGCGAAGAGAUUGCACCCGCGCCGGAAUGCCGUGAUGCCCAGCGGCACUGGACACGGACACUCCCGGGCGCAGCGGACUGUCUCCAUAGAAACGGACGCGUUGAACGAGAGUGAGACGGAUGGAGGACGGCGGAUGUCAGGGGAGAUGAUCUCCAUGAGGGACUUCCUGGCAGCCAAUAAGGGGAACCUGGACCUGAUGCAGAAGCAGCUGUCGGAGGCAGCAACCAAUGGGAUCCCUCGGCCUUCCGUCUCCAACCAAAACAGACAGAAUGGUUUCUCUGGGGGAGUAGGGGCGCUGGGCAUCAUGAACAACAGGCUGGUUGAGACCAGUGUGGAUAGAUGA